AUGCACACAAGCCGACCACUGCAUUUUCAUCUCAUAUGUACCGAAGAUAAUAUCGCCUACAUGGCGAAGAAGUUUGCGUUGCUCCCAAGACCAGCAUAUACGAUUGAAGUGACCUACUAUCCGAUCACUGCAGAACGCGUCCGCGACCGAGGCCAUCGUGCCGGCAUAGGAGAGCAAUGGAACGUCCUAAGCAAGAUUUUCAUGCACGAGUUGCUUGUGGACGUUGAUAAAACCAUAUUCAUGGACACAGAUAUGAUAUUCAUUGUAGACCCUCUAGAGCUCUGGAACAACUUCAACAAAUUUGAACCCUAUACGCUCAUGUCAUUUCCCACUCUAGGCCCCACCUCUCAUCCAGGACAAAUUUGUAGCUGCAUCAUGCUUAUGAACUUCACCCUAAUGCGUAAUCCUUCCGCAAUGUUCAUGCCUUCAACCCUCCUCCCAGAUACCCAGCAUUCGUCUCUAGCCGUGUUGCCAUUCGCCCGUGGAAUAAGUGACGGAAUACCCAGCCCCGUAGCCGAUGAAACAGUGUCCUUUGAUCCUUACAACCCAUUCUUUGCUGACCAGGGAAUAUUUCACGUUAUAUGGUUGUAUAGACCGACGAUGUUUAGGCACCUAUCGCUGCGAUGGGAUGUCAGCACCUGCCGGCAACAGCUAGGCAUUUCUUUAGGCUCAUUUGGAGAUGAGCUUGAGGAAGAUAUGUCGGAGGAAGAUCAGUUGGGACGGCAGCUCGCGUUGGAGGGAAGCGGCGAGGAGCAUACACUCAUGAGUCCCGGCAUAUUGCACUUUAACUGCCAGGACAAGGACGACAUUUGGUUAUUCGAGGAGAAUCAUAACUCCGGUGCUAGGUUCGGCCCCAUGGUCACUACUGCGUUGCGAUAUAAGUGGAUAUGGCUGAACAGGGGAGAUGGUACUGCGAGCGUGAACACUCGAACGGAAACCGAUAGUAGGUGGUGGGAUGAGCAAUUGGCACAGGCUCAGGCUGGGCGAUGA